ACUUAAGCUCUGCAAAAAUCGAAAUGUGAAAGUUGCGACUUUUGGAGCUCUCUGAUCAGCUCACACCUUGCUUCUUCUUCUUCCUUAAAACGCGUCUCGUACAGUGAUCUCUAAUGAUCUUUCUUCUUCAAUGGCGAUAUCAGUACAACACGUCGUCGUUUUACUCCUCUCCACUCUCCUCAUCGCCAUCACCUUCUUCCUCUUCACCUCCGAUAACGCAACAUUCCCUUUCCCUUCUCUCUCCCCCACCGAUUACUACACACCAAACGGUCCAAACCCCAAAUCCCCAAAUCCUCACCAAAACGUCGACGUUUCUUCAGAUCAAACUCCACAGAAGAUGAAGCUUAACAGUUCCCAAGAGGUGGAUGAGCUGAAAUGGGAUCUAUGUAAAGGCGCAGAAUCUGUUGAUUACAUACCUUGUCUUGAUAAUUACGCUGCCAUUAAGCAGCUCAAAUCGAGGAGACAUAUGGAACAUCGAGAACGUCAUUGCCCUGAACCAAGUCCUCAAUGUCUCGUUACCUUGCCGGAUAAUUAUAAGCCGCCGGUUCCGUGGCCUAAGAGCCGGGAUAUGAUUUGGUAUGACAAUGUUCCUCACCCCAAGCUUGUAGAAUACAAGAAAGAACAAAAUUGGGUUAAAAAAGAGGGUGAAUUUCUAGUUUUUCCUGGAGGAGGUACUCAAUUCAAAUUCGGGGUUACUCAUUACGUUGAGUUCAUCGAAAAGGCUUUACCGAGUAUCAAAUGGGGGAAAAACAUAAGGGUUGUAUUAGAUGUUGGUUGCGGCGUUGCUAGCUUUGGCGGAUCUUUAUUAGAUAAAGAUGUCAUUACAAUGUCAUUUGCCCCUAAAGAUGAACAUGAAGCUCAGAUUCAAUUUGCGUUAGAACGAGGAAUACCUGCAACACUUUCUGUUAUUGGAACACAACAGCUUACGUUUCCCAGCAAUGCUUUUGAUCUUAUCCAUUGUGCACGGUGCAGAGUCCAUUGGGAUGCUGAUGGUGGGAAACCGUUGUUGGAGCUCAAUAGGGUACUCAGGCCAGGAGGUUUCUUCAUUUGGUCUGCAACACCAGUCUAUCGAGAUAAUGACAGAGAUAGCAGAAUUUGGAAUGCAAUGGUUUCUCUGACUAAAUCCAUUUGCUGGAAGGUCGUGACCAAGACGGUUGACUCCUCGGGAAUUGGACUUGUGAUCUAUCAAAAGCCAAUUUCAGAAUCCUGUUAUAAUAAGCGCAGCACACAAGAUCCGCCUCUAUGCGAUAAAAAGGAAGCAAAUGCUUCGUGGUAUGUUCCUCUCGCCAAAUGCAUUUCCAAAUUACCUAGCGGUAAUGUCCAGAGUUGGCCUGAACUAUGGCCUAAACGGCUUGUGAGUGUUAAACCGCAAAGCAUUUCAGUCGAAGCAGAAACAUUGAAGAAAGAUACAGAGAAAUGGUCAGCAAUUGUAUCUGAUGUUUAUCUCGAACAUCUAGCUGUAAACUGGUCGACUGUGCGGAAUGUGAUGGACAUGAAUGCUGGUUUUGGCGGUUUUGCUGCUGCACUUAUAAAUCGACCUCUCUGGGUGAUGAAUGUUGUCCCUGUGAAUAAACCUGACACUCUCUCCGUCGUUUAUGAUCGAGGCUUGAUCGGAAUUUACCAUGAUUGGUGUGAGUCCCUCAACACUUACCCUAGAACAUACGAUCUGCUACAUUCCAGUUUCCUCCUGGGUGAUACUGAUCUCACACAAAGGUGUGAGAUUGUACAAGUGGUAGCUGAGAUAGAUAGGAUAGUGAGACCUGGCGGAUAUCUUGUGGUUCAAGACACCAUGGAAACAAUAAAGAAGCUUGAAUACAUACUUGGCUCGCUUCAUUGGUCAACCAAAAUAUACCAGGACCGGUUUUUUGUUGGUCGGAAGGGGUUUUGGCGUCCCGCUAAACCGGAACUCUGAUAGACAGAAAGAAACAUAAACAAACUAGCAAAGUAAUUUCUUUUGUACACUAUCAAUGCAUGACGCAACCAUUAAACUGAACCAACUUUUAUCAAGGGGAUUUUGUUUUGCAUAUAUAUACAUAUUUAUGA